GUGAUCGCUCCAUUGAUCGCCAGCAGCAGUGGGGCUCGCCUAAUCGUCAAUCGCGGUGGGGCUCUCCUCUAGCGCUCGCGUCUACGUAACACCAGCGUGAGCUCUCGAGCACCGCCCUCGAGCCUCUUGAAUCAGCAGAAAAGCACUGUUCUCGUCGUUUUAGUCAUCUGUGAUGUCGAUCUGCUAGCGGCUGCUGGAGCACCUUUUUUUCUUUUCACCCCCGGAACGGUUUUAAGGAUCUCUAAACUCUGCUUAUCAUCCCCCUGUUCCCUGCUUCAUGCGCUCUUAAACAACGCUUGCACUGUGCGAGCUCCUCUCUCUUAUCCUCGCCUGGAGGUGAGAGUUUCCACAGCUCUCUCUCGGACAUAUAAAUAUCAUGGAGGCAGCAGCAGCAGCAGCAGCGGUGACAGAUCGAGGAUUCGGACGCUCUGGAGUGCUGCGCGUGUUCAUCAUUCUCAUCAGCACCUGUGUGGCAUCAGGAGCUUCUGGAUUUGUUGGAGUCAAUGUAAGGUACCCCAAGCUCGAAGUUGAAGCUGGCCGUCUCCCAAAAGCAGAGCUUGUCGUGGAUCUUCUCCAAGUCCUCCAAGUCCGGUACAUCAAGCUGCAGGGCGAUGCUCAUCCCUCGAUUCUUCGGGCCCUGUCCGGCUCGAAAAUUCAGGUUCUUCUCACCGUUCCCGAUCAGUCCAUUCCAGCUCUUGCUCAGUCCCAGAAUGCUGCCUCAGAAUGGUUCGAAGCAAAUAUCCUUCACCACUUUCCAUCGACGGAGGUCACGGGUAUCGUACUGGGGUCGGAGCUCAUGACCAAAGAUCCCUCUUUUGCUGGAGAUCUCAUCGAAGCCGGCAGAAAAAUCCGUUCUUGCAUCGCAGCGGCGGGUCUAGAGCAGGAGAUCAGAGUGUCGGCUUCGCUGUCCAUGCAGAUGUUCUCGCAGUGGGGCCAUAAACCAUCCUCGGCAGCCUUUGAAGAUUUCUACCAGAGCCACUUGCGCGAGCUUCUCGACUUCCUGGCUCCCAAAGGCUCGUACGUGAUGAUCAAUGUAGACCCCUUCGAAGCUCACCUCCAUGAUGGUUUCGCUCUCGACUUUGCCAUGUCGUCGUCCACCGCUCAGGAACUUCUCGAUGAAGACACCAAAGUUGGCUACUCCAGCUUGCUCGACGCCGCUGUCGACUCCGCCUACAGUGCCAUGGAAAAGCUCGGCUUUUCAAACAUUCCGGUUGUCGUUGGUGAGAUCGGCUGGCCAUGGAAGUCGUCUGGAUCCGAAAGUGACCCCCUCUCGACCGCAACCGUUGAGAACGCUGCUCUCUUCGCUCAAAGCCUCGUGAAACGGAUCCAGAGCGACAAGGGGACCCCGCACAAGCCAGAAGCCAGCAUCCGUGUCUACGUCCACGAGUUCUUCGACAUCGUUGGCCCUGCUGGUGAUAGUCGUCGACGCUAUGGACUUUUCAGCACGAGCCAGGUCCCGCGGUACAGCUUCCACUUGAGUCCCGGAGUCUCGGAAGCUGAGAUCUUGAUGCGGAGAGUCCUCGCUGACAACGGCACCAACGGUACCGCUGUUGCACCACCCUCCGGUGGAACUGGAACUGGAAGUGGCCAGUUUUGCGUUGCUGCUUCAGGAGCACCUGAUAGCUUGCUCUCCGUUGGCCUCAACUGGGCCUGCGGCCAAGGGAACGCCGACUGCACCCCUAUCCAACAGAACGGUGCCUGCUAUCUCCCGGACACUUACUCCGCGCAUGCGUCUUACGCCUUCAACAGCUACUACCAGAAGAAUGUUGGCGCUGGAGCAACAUGCGAUUUCCAGGGAGCCGCAAUGCUGACGAGCACUGAUCCAAGUCAUGACAGCUGCAUAUUCACGUCAAGUGGGAGCUCGGGUGGCGGGGCUGGCACGGGUGGUGGCAGCACCAGCGGUGGAACAACAGGACCAUCGUCAUCGGGUGGCAUCCUCCAGCCAUUUAAUCCGUCGAGCAAUACAUCGAGCGGGGAAGCUUUGCAUGCGACGGUGGGAGCUGCUUUCAUGCUCGCAGUGCUGGUUUGGACUUGGAGAUUCUGCUUGUGAGUUUCAAGACUUUUGUAGUGAUGGGAAGGGAGCGUUCGUUGUCCGUCCGUUUGCUUAGAAGCUUUAGCUACUUCGUCUUAACUUGUACCACGGCCUGUUACAGUAGAUCAUGUUUAGUCCCAUGGGCCAACCAAAUCCUUCUUACCUUUCAGAGUUUUUGAACUCGUUUUUUUUCGCCA